AUGAUCCUCUUGGCCAAUCAAGUCUUGCAAUAUGCCAGCCACCUGAAGCUACUGACCAAUCAGAAGCCAGCAACCAUCAUUACAAGGGCCAAGGCUGCAGACUAUGUGGCAGUGCAGAAGACUGGGAACAGCAGGAGAAUACAGUUUCCAGACCAAUUGAAAGAAAUUGUAGCCAUGAGUCUGUGGGGCUUUUUCACCUGCAUUCUACUUAUGUUGCUGAAGUGCACCAUUUUGACAAGUGCUGAACUAUCUAUAGAACUGAAAAAUGCCCAGCUCCUGUCUUCAAAGGAUUAUGCUGAUAUCAUCAAUAUGGAACAGGAAGAUGGUUUUCCCAAUGAUUGUUAUGAAAUUUUUCAGCAGUCAGAAGGUAAGGCUAAAGACGGCCUUUAUGUCAUUCAGCUAAUGAAGGAUCUUAUAGUUGUGUAUUGUGAUAUGCACAGUGCAGAAGGCGGCUGGACCGUGAUCCAGCACAUCACUGCUAAUACUUCCUUGGAUUUUGACAGAACAUGGGAGGACUACAAGCAAGGAUUUGGAUUGGUUAAUGGCGAUCAUUGGCUGGGCAAUGAAUUCAUGCACAGACUUACAAGCAAGCCAAGAGCAUACAAGUUAGGAAUAAAGUUAAUUGAUAUUAAUGGCGAAAUGAAAUGGGGAGAAUAUGAUCCAUUCCUUAUUGAACAUGAAAAAGCCAAGUACAAAAUUAGGCUUGGUCUUUAUCAAGGAACAGCGGCUGAUGCUUUGACACAAGAUACAGAAGCAUAUAUCCAUGAUAACCAAAAAUUCACCACAAAAGAUAGUGAUAAUGACAACUACUUUCAGAACUGUGCUAAAGUUGAGCUGAAUGGGAUUUCAGGUGGAGGAUGGUGGUACAAUGCCUGUGCUGGAGCCAACCUGAACAGAAGAAAUAUUCUGUACUGGCAGAAUGAUUGCAAUAAAGAAAAUCUGUGCAAAUAUGCGUGGAUGAUGGUAAAACCUAAUAAGAAGCGAGAUAAAUGUAGCGAUAGCUCACAUGAUGAACUGUAA